UAUGCCAAUGUUGUCUGCCAAUAGUUUCGUUUCUCGUUUCUCGAAUUUCUCGUUCAUUUGUUGUAUUGUAUUGGAAAUUGGAACGCGAAAAAUAACCUAUAUUUGUAUUCAUUUUUUUUAUCAAUUUUCAUCCCUUGGUUUAAAAUUUCUGUAAAGACUAAAGAUAAGUGUCUAAAUUUGUGCCGUUAUCCUACGAGUAGAUGAAGACGUGUUGAUUUAAAAAAAUAAAAUGUCUUCUUCUGUUGGGGUACGAGGUUUUUACUCCGGAAAGAAUCUUUUCAUAACCGGGGCCAGCGGAUUCUUGGGAAUAUGCCUUUUAGAAAAAAUACUAAGAACAAUCCCGGACCAUGGAGACAUCUACUUGCUAUUGAGGCCUAAAAAGGGCAAGGAAAUCGCUGAGAGACUCGAAGAAAUAAAGAAGAAUCAAGUCUUCGAGGUUGUAUUGAAGGAGAAAAGCGUCGAGAAGGUAUUCGCUAGGGUUAAAGCCGUGGCUGGUGACGUUGGGCAGGACAACCUAGGCCUCUCUCCUGGCGAUAGGAAGCUGUUAACGGAUAACGUCAACAUUAUAUUUCACUUGGCCGCGACUUUGGAUUUUGCCGACACGCUGAAGACUACCGUGGAUAUUAACCUGUUAGGAACUAGGAGGGUUAUAGAACUAGCGAAGCAAUGCCCCGGCCUGAACGCUUUGGUGCACGUCAGUAGCGCAUAUGUGAACUCUUGGAGAAGUCAAGCGGACGAAGAAAUUUAUCCUCUGAAGAGGGAUCCUGAGGACGUCAUCGCGAUGGUGAAUAAACUAACUCCAGAGGAGCUGGAAGAGCAAACGCCUAACGUAUUAGGCGACCAUCCGAACACGUACACGAUCACAAAGCAUAUGGCUGAACUGGAGAUACAAAAAGUGGAAAAAUUGUUUCCCUGCACAAUCGUACGACCUAGCAUGAUUGUUGGAGCUUGGAAGGAACCCGUGCCAGGUUGGACUAUAAGCAAGAACGGUCCUCAAGGCUUUUUCAUGGGAGCGUCUAAAGGCGUCAUCCGCAGACUUCCCGUCGGGAGGGAUUUGAUAUACGAUUACAUUCCUGUGGAUAUCGUCGUGAAUAAUAUGUUAACGGCUGGAUUCUACGUGGGAGUACUUAAGCCGAAAACCGUGGCCGUGUUCCACAGCACGUCUAGCACGAGAAAUCCGUUCCGCUGGGUCGCAAUCGAGGACCAGAUCAACGAAUAUUUGCACAGGUACCCCCUGAAAUCGGCCGUUUGGUAUCCGCAUCUGAAAUUGUUGCCUUCCGUGACGUGGUACAAAAUUUCAGCGUUUUUCGUGCAUUUCUUCCCAGCUAUUUUACUGGACACCGUUACGAGGCUCGGCGGGGGCCGACCGAUAUUGAUGAAGUUGCACCGAAACGUGAAUAGUUCGCUAGACAGACUGGAAAAGUUCAUUUUCACGGAAUGGAGGUACUCCUCGAUGCAGACGAUGAACUUGCAGGAAUGGUUAAACGAAGGCGAUAAGGUCGAUUACAACCUGGAUAUCGGCACGUUGUCGUGGAAAGAUUACUUCCUGGACUUGACUUUAGGGUCUCGGGUGUACUUGAGCAAGGAUCCCGAGAAAACGUUGCCGGCCGCAAAGUCGAGGGAAAAAAUUUUGUUGGCCAUUCACCUGGCUUGGCAAGCGAUGCUAUUUUCCCUGAUUUGGUUCAUUUUCGCUUGCGUGACCGGCAUGACGAUGUCGUCCUCAGUAUUCGUUUUGCCUAUUUUAUUUGUCUUGUACAAUUUAUUGUAAUCUCUAUCGUUGAGUAUUAAUCUGUGGUAAUAUAUACAAUUUUUUGGGUCGAAUAUUUCAGUAUUUAAUACUUGAACUGGGUUUAUGUGGUUUACGGCUAUUAAUGUAUUGUUAGAUCUGAUUUUUAUUCUAGCGUUACAAAUAUAUUCGUCGAGUAUUAAUCUGUGGUAACAUAUACAAUUUUUUGGGUCGAAUAUUUCAGUAUAUACUUGAACUGGGUUUAAGCGGUUUAAAGGAUAUUAAUAUAUUGUUAGACCUGAUUUUUAUUCUAGCGUUACAAAUAUAUUUGUACUUAUUUUAAA